AGGCGGUUGACAGGAUGCUGAACGCGGAUCGCCUCUCUCAGCCGGGGCUCGAGUAUCUGGCCCAAAGGCAUGUCAUUACUUAUAUGGAAGAUGCAGUGAGUCAGCUACUAGAAAGCAAGGAAGAUAUUGGUCAAUAUGGCAUUGCCAGAUUCUUCACUGAAUACUUUAAUAGUGUGCGUCAAGGAACUCAUAUUUUGUUCCGAGAGUUCAACUUUGUCCAAGCUACACCCCAUAAUAGAACAUCCUUUCUAAGGACUUUUUGGCAAUGCUUCAGGACAGUGGGGAAAAAUGGAGACUUGCUGACUGCCAAGGAGUACCACUGCUUACUGCAACUCCUUUGCCCUGACUUUCCUGUGGAGCUUACUCAGAAAGCAGCAAGGAUUGUUUUAAUGGAUGAUGCUGUGGACUGUUUGAUGUCUUUUUCAGACUUCCUGUUUGCCUUCCAGAUCCAGUUUUACUACUCAGAGUUUAUUGAAAAUGUGGCCGCCAUCUAUCAAGAGCUGUUGACAGGUAAAAAUCCAAACACCGUGAUUGUGCCUACGUCAUCUUCUGGACAGCAUCGUUCGCGUCAAACUCUCAGUGAGUGCAGUCCAGUCGAUGGGGUGGAGGCAUCUGCAUUUUACCAGUGCCUUGAAUCAUUAUGUGACAAAUCUAAAUACAGCUGCCCCCCAGCCACUGUUCUCAAGGAAAUUCUGAGCAAUGUACAGAGAGUAACUUUCUAUGGAUUUCUGAUGGCUCUUGCAAAGCAUCAUGGGAUCAACAAAGCUCUUGGAGCUCUCCCUGAGAAAGCAGAGUUGCUGUUUGACCCAGUUAUGGAUCAGGAAUUAGAGAAACUGAUUGCAUCAAUUUCAGGCCUUUCAGUAUCCAAUUCUAGUGCAAGUGGGGAUGCAACAAACUUGCCUUCUCGUGCUUCACCACGCAUCUGUUCCCUUUGGAGGCCGCUCCACCACCGUCGGAAAGUGGAUACUGAAAGUGAUGGCUCCACAGAAGAGACAGAUUCUUCAGAGAACUGAUUAAAUGAAUAUACAAUGGUUUAACAGGUCCUUAUAACCCGAAGUGUUGGAUUUAAGGAAAAGGGAGAUGGGAGACCUAUUGCAAUUGUAGGACCAUGCUGCUCUCUUGUGGCAAAUAUGCCAUAUUGAUUGAAAUACGAGAGCAUUUGUUUCAGUGUUAAGAAAUUUAAAUUCUAUGUAGAGUUUGCAUCACUAUCCUUUGAUCUCUGUUGUACACACAAGACUUUACCUUCUCCCUUCAUAUGAACCCUUUAUUAUACUGCUUGGUAUUAACGUAUUUUAUGAAAGUCCAGAUCAGAAAGGAAAAUGCAUGGCUCAGAGGGAUAGGUAAUUUUUUUCACUGUGGGUUCAGGAUGAGGCCUGUGAAGUGGGAACUAUGUAUAGAAAAUAAAGAAUGUUGCAGAUUGAGAUUUCUUGC